UGCGCACCCAGUGAGUCUGCGUACUUUACGCUUCCUGUUUACUGCGCGCUUGUGAGAUGAAUUUUAUCGACUACACGCUGGUUAAAUGUGCACUCUUAGUGUUUAUAAAUCUGGAGUUAUGAUUAAAAUCCGUCUGGCAAACUUGAUGACGCAGGGCAUCCCGCAGUUCCGCAAAACAUUACUUUAAAUGGAGGAUCAACCCUAAGCUACAGCGUUUCUGCAAACUGCUUUCAACUAACACUUCAUAUCUUUGUAUGGUAAGGUGAUAACGGCCUGCGAACAUGGACAGAGGGUGGUUCAUUGGACAUGAGAGGAUACUCCCCUCCAAAUCUCAACAGCCAUUGUCCAGCUGCAGUAGUGGCUCUAGGCCCUGCUUGACUAUAAACGUGACUGAAAUGCUUCGAGCUGACAAGCCCAACACCACUAGAAAGCCUGUCCCAAUUCGCCCACCAAGCCCCAGAGUUACUCGGCCAAUAGAACAAAACUCCCAUCGCUUCCUCACCUGCGAGCCCACGCCGAAGCCCAUUAUUCGACAGCGUUCGCGGUCUCUGCCUUCUGCCACCCAGAACAAAAAGAAGCAAAGCAGAGGUGUUGGUGUGAGGUUUGUUGACUCUCUGGGACUGGAAUUGGAAGACGUCAGGGUUUUUAAAUCGGGUGAGGACCCAUUUGUGCCACAGCAUGUUACCUUUAGACUCCUGAUGGGUGCUGAAAUGACAGACGGACGGCAUCUGGAGAUUAACUUGCCAUACCUAAAGCCAGUUUUCGCCCAACAACCUGGCGACGAGCCAGGAUUCCUACAGCGCCUCCAGGAGCAGAAAGUGUGUCUGGAGAGGGUCUUGUGCUUUGAACUGGGCGUUAUUGGAAUCACGCAAGUCCUGAAUCUAGACUUUGAAAAGGAACUUACAGUUCGGUAUUCAUUUACAGAAUGGAUAGGUUCGGCUGAAACUAAGGCCUCCUGGGUAUCCACUGUCACCAAGGCCUGGGAUGGAGAAGGAGGAAGAGGGCAGGAAUUUUGUUGUGAUACAUUUCGUUUCCACCUGCCAGUUCCUCCAUCCCUUCGACCAGGAGCACAGUUGGAGUUUGCCAUUCAAUACAGAGUCUGCGGGGCUGAAUAUUGGGAUAACAACAAUGGAAAGAAUUAUAAAUUAGUCUGCCAAAACUACAAACUAACUGUGCCUAAAGAAUGUGAAGACAGUAUGGUGCAUUUCAUUUAGGAUCCAGACUACAUGAAAAAUUUAUUUUGAGCACUUGGUGUCUAGUUUCUAGUAGCAACACAUAUUUACAUGUUGAUUUAAGCACUACUAAAAAAAUGAUGUCAGAUUAGAGACAUAGUCUACAAGCACUUUGAAGAAGAGCAAGCACUAAGGCAUUUCAAUAUACAGAGAGAGAUAACUAGAGAUGCUGCAUAACUGAUGGAAUAAAUGAUUUCAUACAAACAUUUAGUUUGUUCCACCAUCUUCUCUCUGUAUAUAUUUUUACUUCACAUUAAACAACAUGGUAUAGCAUUUUACUGAUGAAUAAUUUUAAAUGUUAUACUUAGAGAUGCACCAAUCCUGUUUUUCUGGCCAAUACCAACUUCCAGUUUACUGUGAGGUCAAACCUCCCUUUUCUGAGUUUUGCUCAAUUCAGUGCUCUAAGUAAGUUCAAGUGCUAUACGUUUUUUUAUACAUGUAGUAGUUUGGAAUUUGGCAGGAAAUAACUUAAAAUAUCAUCCUUUUUUAAUGUGUCAAAGCAUUUGCCCAUGACUUUUAUUUAAUUUAUUAAAUUACCAAGUGCAUCAAAGUACAUGAAGGUUGUUUGUUUAUGUGUUUUUUUUUUCAGUAUUUUUCAGUAUUUGUUCUGCCGAUCACCGAUCAAGAGAAAAUAGUGGCAGAUUCCGAUCACUGGACAAUUGAUUGGUGCAUCUCUAGUUAUAUAAAAUCUAUUAAAAAAUCAAAAAGUGUUCCUGACUUGUAAUAAUGAAAUGUGCCAAACAUUUUGUUUAACUAUAAUUACUAUUCCAAAUGAAAGCUUGAGGUUAAAAUGUUUGCUGUUAUAAGCUGAUUUUAAUGCUUUCUGUUUUUAUCCUUUCUGCUAAAACAUACUGUCCUUGUUUUGCUUCAUAAAAUACAAUGCAGACAUUUUUGAUCCAAAAGUUGUAGAGCUGAAUAGUGACGCAUAGUGCUAGCUGUCACUUGCUAAAAGACUGACGCUCAGGCAAAAAAGGACAGAUGUUGCAUAAACACCUGGAUUGGAUAUUAACCAAUGCAAUAUUCUGGGUGACAUUCUUAUUGAAACAUUAAAAGCUGUACAAGGUUCUGUUUUGAUGGUUUUAGAUCAAGCCUAACCUUUUCAACAUAGUAAACCCCUGAAAAAAAGACCAUCAGUGAUUAGAUACCACUUUUAGUCUACUUAGUUAUUCCUUAUUCUUAACUAGCAAAACCCACUCCUUAACAAUAAGCAACUUAUGUAUAUUUUUUAAUUAUGACACUGUAUUUUUAUUUAUUUAAAAUAACGUGAAAACACAAGAAUAAAGUAUUUUUUCAUCCACCC